GUGUCAGAGAGAAAGAUGAGAACCCAUCAAGUGUUCCCCUUGCCCCUGCUCCUGCUGAUUGCCUCAGUGGCUUCCGAGAACGCCAGCACAUCCCGGGGCUGUGGCUUGGACCUUCUUCCUCAGUACGUGUCCCUGUGCGACCUGGACGCCGUCUGGGGCAUCGUGGUGGAGGCAGUGGCCGGGGCUGGGGCCCUGAUCACACUGCUCCUGAUGCUCAUCCUCUUGGUGAGACUGCCCUUCAUCAAGGACAAGGAAAAGAGGAGGCCUGUGUGCCUCCACUUCCUCUUCCUGCUGGGGACCCUUGGCCUCUUUGGGCUGACGUUUGCCUUCAUCAUCCGGAUGGACGAGACAAUCUGCUCCAUCCGACGCUUCCUCUGGGGUGUCCUCUUCGCGCUCUGCUUUUCCUGUCUGUUAAGCCAGGCAUGGCGGGUGCGGAGGCUGGUGCGCCAGGGCACAAGCCCAGCCGGCUGGCAGCUGGUGAGCCUGGCACUGUGCCUGAUGCUGGUGCAGGUCAUCAUUGCCACCGAGUGGCUGGUGCUGACCGUGCUGCGUGACACGAAGCCAGCCUGCGCCUACGAGCCCAUGGAUUUUGUGAUGGCACUCAUCUAUGACAUGGUGCUGCUGGCCAUCACCCUGGCGCAGUCCCUCUUCACGCUAUGUGGCAAGUUCAGGCGGUGGAAACUGAAUGGAGCCUUCAUCCUCAUCACUACCUUCCUCUCUGUGAUCAUCUGGGCGGUGUGGAUGACCAUGUACCUCUUCGGCAACUCGAUGAUUAAGCAGGGAGAUUCCUGGAGCGACCCCACCUUGGCCAUUACACUGGUAGCCAGUGGCUGGGUUUUUGUCGUCUUCCACGCCAUUCCAGAGAUCCACUGCACCCUUCUCCCACCCUUGCAGGAGAACCCACCCAACUACUUCGAUACUUCACAGCCCAGGAUGCGGGAGACAGUGUUUGAGGAGGAUAUGCACCUGCCUCGGGCCUACAUGGAGAACAAGGCUUUCUCAAUGGAUGAACAUAAUGCAGCUCUUCGAUCAGCAGCGGGCUUUUCCAAUGGAAGCUUGGGGAAAAGAUCCAGUAGCAACCUGGGAAAUAACCCCAGCAGCAUAGGAAGCCGAUCCAUCGUACCAUUCAGAAGCAAUGUGUAUCAGCCGACCGAGAUGGCUGUCGUACUCAAUGGCGGGACUGAAGUGGCUGCCCACCCCCGCUCUCUGGAGUCCUUUGGAGCUUUCUGA